AUGAUACUGAGCUGUCGAAGUGUGGCCACGGCGAGAGGAUUUUUGUUAUCAACUCGUCUUAUUAUGGGCUGUGCCGUGAGCCAAGAAAGCGCCAUCGCCACUGUCUCGUCAUCUUCAAACACUGCAACAACAUCCACCAGCAGUUCAAAUACUUCACAGAAAUGGGCCACUUCAAGGACAUCGCGUCCAGUUACAAACGUCACACAGGUUUCUGCGAUUCACACCACUUCAAUGGAUUCCGGCAGCUCAACUGUCCAAUUACCUUCUCCUCGUGGCAGUCUUACCACAGCCGUCUCCACCUCUUCUUCGGGAGCUCAACGACAAAUGUCAGCCAAUUCGGAGAGGAGUCUGCACACGAGGCCCUUGUCGGAGACUGCUGUCAUUUUGCAAAGUCAAGCUGUGAAAAUGAGCACCGGAGCCGGAGAUUCAGCAGUUUACGAAGCCGUCGAGCGUGGAUCUCUUUAUAGUUUGGAUUAUAGAGUUUAUAUCAAGGGACCACAAGGAAUCGUAUCUCCUUGGCACGAUAUUCCAUUGUUCGCCAACAAGGACAAGAGAGUUUACAACAUGAUUGUUGAGAUUCCACGUUGGACAAAUGCUAAAAUGGAAAUGGCCACCAAGGAACCAUUCUCGCCAAUCAAGCAAGAUGAGAAGAAGGGUGUAGCUCGCUUUGUUCACAACAUUUUCCCACACAAAGGAUACAUCUGGAACUACGGAGCUCUUCCACAGACAUGGGAAGAUCCAAACCAUGUUGUUCCUGACACUGGAGCUAAAGGAGACAAUGAUCCAAUUGAUGUUAUUGAAGUUGGAUCAAAGGUUGCCGGACGGGGAGCUGUUCUGCAAGUAAAAGUUCUCGGAACAUUGGCUCUCAUUGACGAAGGAGAGACCGAUUGGAAAUUGGUCGCAAUUGAUGUCAACGAUGAGAAUGCUGACAAGUUGAAUGACAUUGAUGACGUCGAAAAGGUUUAUCCUGGACUAUUGGCUGCAUCUGUUGAAUGGUUCCGCAAUUACAAGAUUCCAGCAGGAAAACCAGCCAACGAGUUCGCUUUUAAUGGAGAGUUCAAGAACCGAGAAUACGCGGAGAAAGUCAUCGAUGAGACCAACGAAUAUUGGAAGACUCUCAUCAAGGAAGCAAACCCAUCCUUGAACACAGUCUCUCGGGUUCCAGAAGCUGUUCACCAAGGAACUGAUGAAGCGGCCGCAACUGCCAUUGGCGCUACCCCAGAACAUGGAGCAAAUGCUCCACUACCAGGAGAUGUUGAUAAGUGGCAUUUUGUGCAAGGAUGACUAGUACGCCCUGGAAGCCGUGAAGCAUCUUCAAAACUUUAAAUUUAUUGCACUGUCGCUCCCUGAAAUUAUACUGACUCCCUCAUUCUCUUGUUUUGUUCCAACGUAUUUGAUUAUUUGAUUCCUUUAAUUUUAUAUUGUUUUUUUCAUUAUUCGAAAAACUUUUAAAAAUUGAAUUGGGGAUCUUCUCUGUUUAUGUAUGUGAUGUUUUCUUUUUGGUUUACCACCAUACGUGAAUUAUUUGUCAAAUCCAAACAGAUCUUUUAAAUUCAAAGUUCCUUUGGAAAAAGCAGUGAGCAGAGUCAGCACGAACUCGAUAAACAGAAGAAACAAUUUAAA